AUUCAAGCACUGCCAGAAUCAUAGUGGACCAGAUCCAGAUCCUCAUGAAAAACUUCCACAAUGAUCUUAGACUUGAAGACAAUGCCGCAAAAGAAGAAUCGUGAGUGGUCUUGUGGUCACAUGUGGAUGUUCAAUUGUAAGCGGUGUCAGGCUCCGAGCUUUUAUAAGUACUUCCGCUGGACUGACAACGUCACAGUAUUGGCACCUCCAAUCGAUACGACCUAUCGUCCCAGCUGAUCAGCCUUUUCUCUGCGACCAAUUCUAUAAUAAAUGACCUCUUCACCGCAUUCUCCUCCACCUCAAAAAGUUCGCAAUGAGCCAGAAAAUGAUAAACCAUCUUCGCCACCCCCGUCACCUAGUAAACGAUCUUUUGCUUUCACCGACGAGGCAGAUCAUGCACUAAGCCCUCUUGGUUAUUUUAAACGUCGCCACGUCCAAAAUAAUGGCGAAGCUGCAAAACGAGCACCACUUGAGAAUGGUAACAGGCUUCCCAAAAAUGGAAGAUGGUCAGAAACAUCAUUACACACCCUAGCCACUUCCCCUCAACCGCAAUCGUGUGAUGCGAACCAUAGCAUCUCAAAAGACGGAACCGAGGAUGAAGCCAUAUAUUCGCGGCCGAUUGCUAUUCAGAGUGGUGAUGUUGAUAGUACAGCUGGAAGUAGUCGCAGAGAGCGCCCGCCACUCACCCGUGGCGCAAGGUAUGGCUCUGAUGUACGGGAAUCAGUUCGUGCCUCAGCAGCUGGAUCCGCGGCAGGGUGGCCCUCACCAUCAAGGAGCCUGUCUGACCUCACCUCAUCAGAGCGCAGGACAUCGUCUCGUGAGUGGAAUGUGGACAAGGUGACGCAACCCAUAACAUCGCGUACCCCCUCCAUGCCAUAUGUUCGGCGUCCUCCUGGGGAUCUUUGGAAGGCCGAAUCCUCGUCUGACGAACCUGUGCGGACAGUUUAUGGCCUCGUGGACAACCGUGAUCCAAUGUUUGAUACUUCUGCGCCACCUGGACUUACAAGACGCAGGGGAUCGGUGCCUGAUAUAAAUGGAAGUCGCUCUUGGUCACCGAUGUCAGGCAGUCUGCCACUGCGUACUGACGAACCCUCCGAAUACGAGCGACCAAUAAGUGCCGAGAAAAGUAGGGUGGUGUCGAUGACACGGCGAAGAUCCAGGUCGUUGCCUUCUGCAAAUUUACAGCCAUCUUCAUCAAGCGAUGCAGGUAAUAGUACACGAAGACAUUUCCGUCUAGAUUCCAUUGGUACAUGGCAUGGCACCUACCUACCGGGAGAUCCACUUACUUGUGAAGUAUUGGAUGCAUGCCCGUCUGAUCUACCGAUCACUAGUAAUGAAUUCUAUCGACUUUUACGACAAGCCCAUUACAAUAAACACACUUCAAAUAUUUUUUCUCCUCUCAACCCCCUCCGAAACCCACGACCCAGCUCCUCCCUGACUACCAAUGCAACCUAUCGGUACUUCUUUCCAUCCAUUCAAGAUAUACCCAACAAUCUAUCGAAAUUUAAAAGAGGACCAGAGCAGCGACUCAGAACCAUCUGCGAACUCUGUCAGUCACUCACAGCAGCAUCGGAGUGCACGCACUGCCAGGAGUGUCGACGCGACACGUUAUGUAAACGACUGUUGGCCAACGGUUAUCGACGCAUGCGCUAUGCUGCUAGCAUGUCGAGGACCCCCAUCGUGCACAACCCGUUAGGUUCGCCCCACUACAAAAUUGAUGAAAACGAGAAAAAUCUUUGGGAAGAGGUGACAGCUGCCACUUCUGGCGAGCCCUUCCCGGGCAGUCCUCACUGGCGGGACUUGGAUGACUUUGGUGAUGACGACGACGAUGACUACCCGGAGAUACCGGAUGAGAAUUUGCUUUCGGACGAGGAGGAUGCGAAGCUUUGACCAGAAGAACUUCUCUGCUGAGGCUGGGAUAGCAUGCAUUGUAUCAACAAGAUUUCAUGAAUACUACUAACCUGAAGCUACUUAUACGGGUGCUUGUAUCAUUACUCCUUGUACACGAAUUUUCUAUUUGUAUAUCAAUAUAUUAUGGGCGGGAGA